AUGAGUAAGCAAAAAGAAGAAAAUAUUCAGUCUAACUUGGAAGACCCUCUUCUGAAGAAUAAAGAGAAAAACAAAGAAAUUUCUUCUAUGGAAAGUGAUAAAGAAAAUAAAACAUGUGAGAUAGAAAAAAACUUAGAAAACAAACAAAAACACGUAAAUACUAUACAUGACUUGUCAAACAAAACAAAUACAAAUAAAUCUAACAAGGAAUCAGAUGAUCAACAACCUGAUCAAGAAAAAAGCAACCCUACUAAAGACAAAGAAAUGAAAAUGGAAACAGAAUCUUUAAACACAGAUUCUGCAACUCUUGAACUUGAAGAAAACAUAUCUAAUACUGAUAAGGCAAAAACUACAUCUGUAUCAACUAAGAAGAAAAAAGGAAAUAAAAGAAAGCUCCAAGCUUCAAAUAAUGGAAACUAA